AGCAAUGUUAGGGACUGUGGAAGAGUCCGCGUUUGAUCAUGUCUCUAACAUAAAUUGGACUACUUCUUUUAAAAUUAAAUAAGUCCGACAAUAUUGUCAGACCAAAAUAAAAAUUCUGUUAAUAUUAUCUUCGCUAUGAUUGUUUGUGGUGUUACUCUGAGUGUAUAUCUUCUCUACGUACACUGGCACCAACCAGUCCAUCCCUCAACAUUUUUCCAUGUUGUUUAUAUCCCACGUAAUGUGUUGUAUAGAUUACGGUGCGAACGAUUACACAGCAAUAGAGCAUGCGCAUUAUGAUAUUCUAAUACAUAUGAAAACGAAUGACAACGACCAUGAAAAGUGAGACAUCUGCUCGGAAGAAAGUUCACUGUGUUCAUUUUAGAUGCCAUUUGAUGUCAGUCCCAGUCCCUUGCGCAAUUGUGACGCAUUUCACUCAGUGAGCUCUACAUAUAUCUGGAGUAAGAAUUUCAGCCAUUCGGCCUAUGAGAAAAGUGAAUCCAAGAUGGCGGAAAUUGACGUCCAAUAUCUAUGAAGGUCGUAAUAUAUAUAUAUAUAUAUAUAUAUAUAUAUAUAUAUAUAUAUAUAUAUAUAUAUAUAUAUAUAUAUAUAUAUAUAUAUAUAUAUAUAUAUAUUGAUGUUAAUUUAGUAUUUACAGCGACAUUAGCUUGUACAAAAAGGGUACUUUUCAUCGCAAAAAAGGGCACUUUUAGUCCUUUGAAAAAUUUGGAGGGGGGGGGCACGUCCCCCCCCCCCCGGUUCCUACGCCCCUGGCAACAAGUCCGAUAAAGUCAUGAUAUAACAAUAUUGUUACAACCUUGUGUCUUGUACCAUCUAGGUAUGUUUUCCUGGUAGUCAAUCUAUGAUGACGUGGGGAUUACUCGUUGUUGCCUUGGUUUCCGUGGUAACCAUCUCAUUUUUGGCGGGCAUAUUUUUGCUACUGGCACAAACAGCCGUGAUAUUCCUUUGUCCUUAUUGGCUCGUUCGUCUUCAGAGAUAUAAAGAGUAAGUUCUAACAUUAAGGCCAUGUUACACGCAGUGGCGUAACGGAGGAAGAGCGGGCAUAUUUGGUGUGGGGGGCCCUGUUGACAUUGUUUGACUAAGAUAUUAUAUUUAUAUUGAAUAUUUAUAGAAUGUUCUGGAAAAUUCCGUGGCAAUAACAAUAACAGUCUCCAAUACAUGUAACAACUAAUUAAUAAGAACAACUUUUGUUUUAUUUUUAAAUGGCAUAAAAAAAUCAACUACCGUUGUCGAUGGAGGCUUUAUUAUUUAUAACAUUUAUAUUAAUUUUGCAUUUUCCCAUUGGCAUUGAUUCUUAACCUGCAUUUUUUACGUUUUCUAAUUUUCUGGGCGAUAGGCCGUGACUGAUGGGGCCCCUAAAGCCUAGUUUCCAUUUGGUCGUUAGUUGUCGCUGGCACGACUGGACAAGUGGCUGAUGUAAUAGAGUGUCGACAAAACUUUACAAAACUCUGCAAUCAUUAAAGGCCAUGUUACACGGUGCAAUUUUUCUUGCAACUUGCAAUGCAAUUCUACUUUUGAGAGAUGCUAAUUAGUGAAAUUAGUGAAGCAUUUUCGAUAUGUUGAGAAAACAUCAGCGGAGUGUAAUGAAGACUCGUAUUUGGCAAUUUUACAUCUCUCAAGAGUAGAAUUGCAUUGCAAGUUGCAACAAAAAUUGCACCGUGUAACAUGGCCUUAAGACUGAUUUGCAUAUAACACACAAAACGACAAUUAUUUUAUUAGACUAUUUCACAUCUACCGCUUGUCGUGCCAGCGAAAACUAACGAGCAAAUGGAAACUAGGUUUAACUGUCGUGGGCUAGUUUUUGAACUAACCCUUUACCCAAUGAGUGUUGCGCCACUGGUUACACCAGGCAAUUCUCACUGCAAGUUGCAACGCAUUUCUGACAUAGAGCCAUGUUAUCUAAAAGGUAUAGUCGCCCGACAUUCUGACCAUGCCCGCAUGGUUUGUUCCAAGGCCAAACGAAAAAUUUCACGAAUUACGGUACGUUGACCCAAAAGUUAAUGAAAAUGUAAUGUCCGGAAUUUUUUUACAAUUAACAAUUGGGUCUUGUUGUCUAAUUGGCCUGUCAUCGUUUUGGUUUUUUUCUGGGGGGGAGGGGUAUUGGGCAGGAAUUUAUUAUUCUACUUUUUGUAACUAAAGGCCAUGUUGCACGGUGCAAUUUUUCUUGCAACUUGCAAUGCAAUUCUACUCUUGAGAGAUGUAAAAUUGCCAAAUGCGAGUCUUCGUUCCACUCCGCUGAUGUUUUCUCAACAUAUCGAAAAUUUUUCACUGAUUUCACUAAUUAACAUCUCUCAAGAGUAGAAUUACAUUGCAAGUCGCAAGAAAAAUUGCACCGUGUAACAUGGCCUUAAUGUAUUAUCAAAAACUUUUUUGAAAAUAAUUUUGAAACAAAUGAUAGCGAUAUUACAUUUAUUAAACGACGAGUUCGAUGCUACAGCGUGUAUCAUUUACAUCAUCAUCAUCAUUUUACUAUAACUUGAAAAGGAUGCACGCUGUAGCAGCGAAACGUCGUUUAAUAAAUGUAAUAGCCUAUAUUUCGCUUUUAAAAGGGGUUUACACGAGGUUGUUUUCCAUUUCAUACAAUUCGUUUCCGAUCGUUUGCGUAAGAGAUAUAUAGUCACAGUGAAGACAUGUUGUGCAUUUAAGUAAAAACUUUUGAAGACUGCAACUAUUGAAGACUGCAUCUUUUGUAAUGCCAACUAUACCUAACAAUACUAGAUUCCCCUUAUUACGUUUUCGUAGCGCUUUGCAUUGUGGUUAUAAUGGUAUCACUGAUAUUCAAGAUGGCUUAUUUUUUGUCCUGACCCGUGCAAGAACUUUUAAAAAAAGCUAGGGUCAAGUGCGCGAUAGCCAACAGCAAAAUAUUCGCGAAAACAUUCAAUAUUUUCAUUCGAGGCCGCUAUCUUUAUCAGUGAUAACACUAUAACCACAAUGCAAAGCGCUACGAAAACGUAAUAAGAGGAAUAGACAAUUCCCAUUAUAGACUAAUUUUCAAACUAGGCAAGGAGAUGCAAAUAAAUCACCACAGCUAGAAAGAGCAUACUAAAAUUAGUAAAAUUACAAAAUUUGGUUGCGAAAUGUUGUAAAAUGUGGAAAAUAUAGCCUUGCAAAGUUUGCAAAUUUUGUAUACUUUUAAUUGUACUGCGUGCGACCAUUUUCGGCCUAAAUGCAUGGUAGGAAUGUGGUAGGAAUUUCCGCAAGCAAUACAAAAGUAUACAAAGUUAGCGAACUUUGCAAGGCUAUAUUUUCCUCAUUUUACAACAAUUCGCAACCAAACUUUGUAAUUUUACUAAUUUUAGUAUGCUCUUUCUAGCUGUGGUGAUUUAUUUGAGUUUCCUUGCCUAAUUUUAAAAUUAGUCUAUAAUGGGAAUUGUCUAUUGUGAAUUUAUUUACAGCAACAUACAUGGUCCUUGGGAUGAAGCCGUUAUAUCAACCUGACUGGAAGAGCUGCUGGAUCUAUUAAACAGGUAGGCU